GUCGUUCGCGUUGGUAAAGUUCAUGUCUCGCAAAAGGGAUAAGAAGCAGCUGCUGCUGUGAAGAUUUUUGCCCCCUCCUCUCUUCCAAGCUCAAAAAACCAUCUUCAAGCUCUCGUGCGCUUUUCUUUUUGCCUUCUUCUCGAUCUGGACAGCUGGUCUGUUCGUUCGCCUUUUAUCUCUCGCCUUUUCUCUUUGCAAAACAACACUUUUUGUCUGUUCGCUGCUCUCGCAUCGUCACCUCGCCCAGCACCGCACUGCCGACCUCACAUCGUCCUUAAUUCAAGCUCCAUCUCGCCGCCCCAAAAAUGCAUUUCAAGCUGGCCCUCGUUGCUGCUUCCGCGGCCGCUCUCGCAGCCAGUGCUGCCGUCUCUGCCGCUCCAGUGCCCUCAGACGCUGUUGCAGGACUGUCAGACCUGAACGAACAUCCAAUGUUGGAGGCGCGCGUUGGCAAGACUCGCCCUACCUUUACGCCAGCAGGCGGCGCUGUUCCCACCACGCACGACCCGAACAACUUCAAGUUUGACGGCAAAAAGGGCAAAGAUGCAAAGGCUGCCGUGAGUCGAUUUGUCGGCUGCUUCGAUCGGGUUUUGACGUCGCUGCCAGCAUGCAGUCGCGAGUCGCGAUGCUCAUGCCGCACCUCCCUCUUUCUACAGGCCGAUGACAUUCAGCCCGCGCUCGACCAACAUGUUGCUGACCACUAUCCCAACGUGGCUUCGGCCCACUUGACGGACCGAGUGAGUUGGACGACGCUCAAAUUUAAUUGGAUGCUGAAGCGCGGCGAGCACGAAGUAGCUGAUCCCUUUCAUCUUUGCUGCCUCUUUCCCCUCCCCUGCCAAUAGUUCCACACAUCCAAAACCGACACUGCAAACCAUGCCACUGCUGAAAUGAAAGACAAGGAUGGCAACAUUGUCCACGAUACCAACCUGAACAACGAUCCGCCUUCCGAAGUGCACCACAUC